AUGACGCACCAACCUCGUCUGCCUGUUGAGCUUAUUCUGCAAAUUGUGGAAGCUUCGUUGUCAGUCACGAAUCCCGACGCUAUAGUCGAUGUAUCUCUACCCGAAGUCCAACUACUUGUCACCUGGUCGCGGGUCUGUCGCGCAACCUAUGGAACUGCGACUCGGCUGUUCAGGCAGCAUUGCGUCUAUUUGGACAGCCACCAAAGAAUCCAGAGAUUCUGGAACUGCUUGUCCCUUGCCAAGACAUCUACCCCCAGCACGAAUCUACCGCCAAUCACACCCCUCAAAAACACAUCGUCUCUUUACCUGGGUGUUUGUACCCCGGCCCCUCAAGAGUCCGCAUCUCUCGGAUCACUCAUCCGCAAGGUACUCUUUGAGCUUGGUGGCUCGGUACGCCGUUUGAUCUUGGAGCUGCCAUCCCCUAGGUUCGCUCAGGAGAAUGAGCUGGACCCGCAUCUUGGAGAAGGUCUAUUCGAUGGACUUGCAGCCCUGAACAAUGUCGAGGAGUUUGUGACCGUGGGAGGGUUACGCACUGUGGACUUUUGGACGAAUGAUUUGGGCAUCUGGGAACGAUGGCCACAACUUCGGUGUUUGGCAGGUUUCCAGGUGGACCUCGCUGAGGAGGUUCUGUGGUACCGCAUCGCCAGAGCAAAGCACCUCGAACACAUGGUAAUAGCUAGGCCACGUCUGUACAGGAUCCAGAGAUGGAACUUCAAGGAGGCAAUCGGACAGCACUGGCGGCUUGAGACUGGAGGCGACCCGAAGCUCGCGAGGCCGAUGAGUAUUGUGCUUGCGGAUCAUGAGUUCACACCAUCGUUGAUCGAUGAGACGGACGCGACAACACAUGAUCCACAAGGCCUUGUGUCCGCCGUCAAGUGUUCGGUGCCUAUGUUCGGCACGCAGUUUGUGAGAACAGAUCACGCUUGUCGUGAGUGGAUGAUGGCUGCCAUGAAAGAGGGCACUCUUUGGGAGUAUGGAAAGGCAGAUACUCUUGACAUCUAGGAGGGGCUUAUAUGAUGGGCUAUUACAAUGCUGAGGAUGUUUUGCUUGUCAUAAAAAUUAUAGAUUGAGUAAAUAAAUUUCCUGGUAGCAUUUCUUCAG